AUUGGAUAUAUAAUAUUAUCCAUUAAAAUAAUGAUACUCGCGGCAUUUUUCAUUCUAUUUUGUGUGGUGUCGGAUGCUAGUGUACAUAGAUUGAACGUGCCCAGAGUUUUGUUGCCGGUAUUCAACGAUUUUGCUGUAAAUUUUACACUUGAAGUCACCGAUGGUGCUUGUUAUCAAUGGUCAACGUCACGUUUGGAUAUAAUUCAGUUAAUUCCCAUAAAUGAAAAUGUCGAACGAACAUGCUCCUCUGCUAUUUUGAUUCAAACGAUAACAAGAGAAUCUACUAGAAAUACUGCAAUAGUGUUGGCAGAAGAUGUCAAUAACGGACAAUUUUUACGAUGCGAUGUUAUAGUCGAUGCAAUUUUUUCUUUAAAUCUUGUCACAACCACGAGAGAAUUAUAUAUAGAAGAAGCGCCGGAAGCAUUCGAAGUACGAGCAUACGACGAACAAGGCAAUGAAUUUACAACUCUCGCAGGAGUUGAAUUCUUUUGGAGUAUAGAUAAUACCGAUAAAUAUAUGCUAGAUGGUAAAACACCAAACGAUGUUCUGAGAUUUAUGACUUAUCAAGAAUCGCAGUACGAAACUCCGUUGACUGUCGCUGCUUUAGACUCUGUUAGUAAGACAGGACAUAUCGUGCUGUUAGAAGGGAUAAAAACUGGUACGGCUAAGGUUUCCGUAAGAUUACCUUACCCGGAAUAUAAACAUGUACCGCCUAUAGAAGUAGAAUUGAUCGUGAUAGCCAAUUUAAUUAUCAUUCCAUCGGACAUAACAAUAAUGGCGUACGAUAGUUUUAAAUACAAAAUAAUGCAGGCUCGUCAAGGUCGUUUAGAAGAAAUAAAUCUACCGUCUAGCCAGUACUACUUGGAAGCUGAAAAUCCAGACAUACUAGAUAUCGAUAAUGACUAUGACAGCGCGUACGCUAAAUCCUUGGGUCGCACUAAAGUGUUUUUGCACGACAAAAAUGUUCGCGACGAGUAUCCUGUUAUUUUGCCAUCUGCUAUGGUCAAUGUGAACGAUGUAUCUUACAUCACGCUUGCUAUCUUGCCUAACAAAAAUUGGGGUUUAAUACUUGGUCACACCCAUGAAAUUGUAGUUGAAUUAUACAACAGUAAAGAUCACAAAUUUUACAUUGGAGAAGGUGUAGAAGUGUCGAUGAAACUGGACGAACGUUAUUUUGAACCGAAAUUGGUAACGCAAAAUGGCACUUACGUCGUCGGUGUGCCUAUUACGUGCGGGACAAUGACUAUCGAAGCUACGCUUUAUGGCAUAAUCGAUAAGUAUGGGAAAAAGGUUCCUGUCGCAUCGCGACCUACCACAAGGGCUGAGCUUUUGAUUCAUACUCCUGUCACUAUUCAGCCUAAAGUAUUGGCUGUUCCAUGGGAUUUUAAAGCCAAGUCACGGUACGACAUAGUGUUGAAAGCAAGUGGAGGUGAUGGAUCAUAUGUAUGGUCUAGUAGACAUCCAUCGAUAGUAACAGUUUCUCAGAACGGAGGGAUAAGAAUUGUAGCAACUGGUACAACCGAAAUAAGUGUUGCCAUGACAAGGAAUCAGUAUAACAAAGACACAGCAAGGGUAUACGUGUUAACGCCUUCCAAACUAAAAGUGGUAGAAUAUAGUAUGGAGGUAGCCGUAGGGGAGCCAAUUUAUCUCCACAUUGCGUUGUAUGGAAAAUUAAUUAAUGGAUCCGAUUCUAAAGAGGUACCAUUCAACGAUUGCAGAGACAUUAAUUUUGAAACGUACAUUCCGGAUAGUAAUUUUGUGCAAAACGAUAGUAAGGUCGUAGAACCCGUUGGAAUUGCGUGUGCUGUUAUAGCAAUCACUAGCAUGGAUAUAGGAACGUCUGAAGUAACAGUAGCAUACAAAGCUAAUGGUCAAUAUUUGACUGAUAAUAUCACUGUGACAGCCUAUGAACCUUUGCUCGUAAUACAUCCAAGUAGCAAAGAAAGUUUGUUAGCGGUGGGAUCUUCCAGAAAAAUAGUCUUCAAAGGUGGACCCCAUCCGUGGUCCAGUAAACCCCAGAGUUAUUUGCGAAAAAUUCAGGUAUCUGAAAGUAAGUUUGUCGAGGUAACAGAGCAUGGGGAUUCGCCAAAUGAAUUGCACAAAGUGUCAGUUUUUGAAGUAAUGUGCAAAGCUCUUGGGGAGGUGAUUUUAACAUUUACAAUUUCCAAUGUUCCUUUGCUACCAAAUUGCAAAAGCAUGUACGCGAUAGAGACUGUACGGAUUAUUUGUGGUAAACCUAGACACAUUUACCUUCAGCCUGAAUAUAAAGACAGCAAAAACUGCCCCAUCAGUCUUAAUACGGAAAGAGUAAUGGCAUACAGCGAUAAGAAUUUGAAACUCAUCACUAUAGUGAAAGAUGAGGAAGGUAGAACUUUCGAUAACAUUACAAGUUUACACAUCGAAUGGAAUUUAAAGCCUUCGUCUAUAGGUUUUGUAGAAAUAUCGCCUGGUUGCAAAGAAGAAACGUUCACGGACCUGAACGUAAUUUUACCAAAGAAUUAUUAUCAAAAUGUUAUCUUUAAAAAGCAUUCCGGUGUUCUCACUCUAACAGCUACCGUCACAGGCUAUCAGAAAUACAUUCUAAGUAAAUUAAAAAUAAUACCAGAGUGGCCGCCUUUUGCCAUUGAGACUGAAAGAAGGAUCUAUGAAACUCCACUUAUAGAGGCUUCCAUACAAAUGGUUUUAGUUAACGAUACCAGUAUUAGCCCUAGUAAAUUAAUGGUAUUGAAUGAUCCCACUGCAAAAUAUUAUUUACAAGUCAGCCAAGGUUCUGGCUACUAUGAAUUUGUGCUGAGUACAGAUGAUAUCGCUGAUGUCCGAUACAUAGAAUCGACAAAGACAAUCAGCAUUACACCAAAAACGUCUGGGGUACUUAAUUUGGCAUUGGUGGAUCUUUGUUUGCCCUCAAAAUCGGCUGAAGCUGUGAUCGAAAUACAGCAGCUUGCUGUUAUAGAAAUAGAGACAGUAAAUAAAAUUGAGAAAGGGAAGUGCGUAGUGGCUGCAUUAAAACUUUACGACACAAAUGGCCAUAUAAUAAAAUUGCCAUUUUUGAAUGUAUUAGAAUUUAAAGCAGAAGUUGAUAAUGAAUGUAUAGAAAUUAAACAACUGCCUCCUAGUGAACAUGGUACUGCCCCUUAUAAUCAAUUGUUGUAUAUGAUAUAUGGGAUGGCGGAAGGAGAGUCUCAGUUAACUUUUGUGAACAAAGGAGGUGAUAGAGAAAUACAGAGCGAGCCAGCAACUAUUCAAGUCUUCCUUCCUUUAAGAGUUUUUCCAAAGAAUUUAACGAUAUUGGUAGGCACUGUUUAUCAAGUGCAAACAAUAGGAGGACCAUCAAAUGCAGAAAUAGAAUUCUCUACUAAAAGCAAUGAUAUAUUAAAUGUCGAUCGAAAUGGUAUAUUCGAAGGAAAAUCAGUUGGGCAGACAAAGAUAAUUGUCAGAGCCAUUGGUCUUAAUGCUAAAGGCAACAAAGUCAUUUAUUCUGAGGAUUAUACUGACAUACACGUGCUAUAUCUUGAAGGCAUUAAAAUCGUCGUUCCAACAAGUAGAGUGAAAGUGGGUGCAACAUUCCCACUUUGGGCAUUUGGUAUUCCAGAGUAUUUGACUCCGCUUAUUAUAGGAUCUAUGCAAUUGCCAUUGAUCUUCAUGUGGUCAUCGAGUGAUUCUAAUUUAGUAACUUUGUAUAACAUGUACGAAGGCACAGGUAUAAAUAUCAGAUAUCAAAACGAAGUUUCUUUGAGAGCCAAAGCCAUCAGUCCUGGAUUGGCAACCAUUUAUUUAAAUGUUACAAUGCCAUGUAACAUGUUGGCUGGUUUCAAAAGUGACGUAACGUACACUACCUUUGUAAAAGUAGAGAUCUUUGAAGAAUUGCGCUUGACACAUCCAGAAUUACCUUCCAAUGUACCAGUGAUAUUAAUGUCACCGAAUUCUGUUUUGAAAUUGCAAACAAAUCGUGACAAGCAUGGCUCCACUACUUACAAAGUGUUGUCGACCAUGCAUGGGAAUGAUUCAGAGGAUACACAUGCUUUAACUCCAACAUCUAAAACUGUAAUUAUUGAUAAGAAUGGUAUCAUAAAAGCUGGUGAAAAUCUUGGGAAAAUAGUCAUUUCUAUUUCAAAUAUGGAACCAUACAAUUUGAAGCAAUCGAUCACAGUUAUUGUCGAAGUCAAACCCAUUCAUUACAUGAUGAUAUCGUUGAAAUCAAUUUUGCGAAUACGCAAUGGUGAAGAGUUAAAUAUGUUGCCUAAAGGCAUGGAAUUGGAUUAUGCUCUUGAAUAUUACGAUAACGUUGGAACAAAAUUCCAUGCUGCCGAAGUCAAUGCCAAAACUAUGUUAAAUCGCGCUGACCUAGCAUCGUUCACUAUAAACGCUGAAAAUACUGUUACUGCAAAAUUCAUUGAAAAUGGAGAUCUUGUUGUAAAGGCAUACAACGAAAGAUAUCCUAAUGGGAUGUUUGAUUACGUGCAUAUGAUGAUUGGUGACAUAGUCUUUCCAACAAAGACAACGUUGACAGUAGGCGAUAUAGUUUGUUUCUCGAUGCCACUUCUGGCUUCUGACGGUGAUCCAGGUUACUGGCAAUCUUCAGCGUCUGAAAUAUUAACAGUAGAUCCUAUUACAGGAAUAGGUAGAGCGAAGAAUGUAGGCUAUGCAGUUGUGAAACACAGCCUUGCAACGCAUAUGCAAGGCGAAAUAGAAGUCAACAUACAACCUAUCGCAAAGGUAUCAAUUGUUCCAUUAAGAGGUCGAAAUAUCACCGGAACUGAAACAUUUAGCGUUCCUCUGGUACUGAAAAGUAAAGAUGAGCAAGUUAAAGAGAACAAUGUAUUAUCUAGAGGUCUGGGUGGUUGUAGGACGUUUACAUCCUUCACCCUAAAUUCGUUCCCUUACACGUGUAACAUACAAUUUGUUUCAUCGACCACGUCAAUUGGAGUGAAAGAUUUAUUCCUUGUUAAGCCACGAUUUGAUAUUACAACAGGGUUUUAUUAUUGUGAUGUAAUACCUAUGGGCUCUCCCAAUAUAAUCUCCAGUACGUUAGAGACUCGUAUGCAAAUAAAUGCACAACACAGAGACAUUGAAGCUGUACCUUUAGAAGUAACGUAUCUUCCACCUGUAUAUGUCGAUGCCAAGGAAAUUGUUUUUAUCAAUAUCCAUUCUCAAACUGUGCCAACUGCAACGCUUGAAAUUUAUGGUUUACAAUCUGUAUUGGAUCAUCUUACGAUCGAUGUACCGGAUGGAAUGACUGUAAGUGCCCGACAAUAUAUUUCAAAAUCCACGAUGCAGUACAAAUUACGUUUGAUACAUAAUCUAGAUGACAUUCAGGGACAAAAAGUAAUCGUUGCCAACGAUAUUACAAAGCAAAAUAUAUCUCUUUUCGUACGCGUGACGAAAUACGAAAAUUUCAUACCAUUGUCUGGAAUUCAUUGGGUGGAUUAUAUGUAUUUUCACCGUUACACGUUUGGAACACUUGCUGUUCUCGUAAUUACAUGCUUCUAUGUGUGGAAGAACAAAAUGGCAAAUAUCGACUUAAAUGUUAAAAAUAGAACAGUUUUUGCUGACAAAUGCCCACCGCAAUUAAAAAAGACUAGUACCCCGUGUUCAACUAUUUUAAACAGUACAAAUAUGUUUACUCCUCGGAGUCCGAUUACACCGAUAAGACCAUUCUCGGCAUUCGAUCCGGUUUAUGGCGAUCCUCGCAGUUUUUACUCGGCAAGCAAACGAAAUAGAUCAAUGAACACCUAAUGACUGUAACAGUAAGAACAAAUGACAUUUUCAACAUAAAGGUACAUUGUACUUACAACGAAACUACAUCGUAUUAACUAAAUUUGUUUGCAAACAAACAUUCGAUUGUCAGAAACUGGUGCCUUAUUACCACAAACUCAUUUUUAUUAAGAAAUUAAUUACUCCUAGAAGGUAAGGAUUUUUUAUGUUGUUUUUUUUAUAGCGAUGAUAUAUCGGUCGAUAUUAAGUUACGAGCAUAUAAAAUUAUGUAUAUUCUGUAAUAUAGAACUUAAUUUUAUGAUUGAUUGAAAGGUCCACAGAGGUGUCUGAUGCAAAUGUAUUUCAAGGUUAUGUUGGUUGUAUUUAAUUUAUAAAAUUGAGGUAUAUGGUUCCUAGUCAUAUAGCUGAUAAUUUACGUAAUUAACGUAAUAACACGAUUAAUUAUUUGAUACGCAUCUUGUAUAACAAUGGAAGAACUACUACAGUAAUUUUUACACUCUUUAUUGACUGUGUGACAAAGUUAAAAUGUUUUGUAGCGUAGAGGUAUAAUGUACGUAAUAUUUCUACAUAUUGAAUUACUUUAUAAUUUUUAUAUUCUUUAAAUAUAAUUUGCUUUGACGAUUAAAUAAUUUCUCGUA